AUGACUGCAAAUGAUUUUAGAAUUAAGGCUGGUUUAGCCCAAAUGUUGAAGGGUGGUGUUAUUAUGGAUGUUGUUACUCCAGAACAAGCCAUUAUCGCUGAACGUGCAGGUGCGUGUGCAGUGAUGGCUUUGGAACAAAUUCCUGCCGACAUGAGAAAAUCUGGUAAAGUUUGCAGAAUGUCAGACCCAAAGAUGAUUCGUUCUAUCAUGGAAAGUGUCUCCAUUCCUGUCAUGGCCAAGGUUAGAAUUGGUCACACUGUCGAAGCCAGAAUUUUAGAGACUUUAGAAGUUGACUAUAUUGAUGAAAGUGAGGUUUUGACUCCGGCUGACAUGUCCCACCAUAUCAAGAAAAACGAUUUCAAAGUCCCAUUCGUUUGUGGUGCCAAGAACUUGGGUGAAGCCUUGAGAAGAAUCAACGAAGGUGCUGCUUUCAUCCGCUCAAAGGGUGAGGCCGGUACUGGUGAUGUCAGUGAAGCUGUUAAGCACAUCAGAUUGAUCUACGAAGACAUUGCUUGGUGUAAGGAGAACUUGAAGACUGAUGAACAAUUCGAGGCCCAUGCUAAGGAACUACGUGUGCCAGUUGAGCUCGUAAAGGAAGUUGUUGAACUAGGAAGACUACCAGUUGUUACUUUUGCUGCUGGUGGUGUUGCUACCCCAGCCGAUGCUGCCUUGUUGAUGGAGUUGGGUUGCGAGGGUAUCUUCGUUGGUUCCGGUAUUUUCAAGUCCUCCAACCCUGAAAAAUUAGCUCGUGCAAUUGUACAAGCUACCACACACUACAACUCCCCACAAGUUUUGUUGGAUGUUUCUUCUGACCUUGGUACCAUGAUGUCUGGUGUUUCGAUUGACUCAAUCAAGAAGGAAAAUGGUACCAGAUUAGCCGAAGUUGGUUGGUAA